AUGUAUUCUUCACAGUCGCCAAGUUUUACCGCCGAAUUUAUCAAAGAAGAACCCGGAAAGCCAGUCCCCCAGAAGCCCGUCCGAAGAAGGGGUCUGAAUGAUCAGAUAAAAUGGGUUAAGGCGUGGAUGUCAAAGUUACCUCAAGGGGAUGAGGAUUGGGACAACAACAGACCUUCGACACUAGAAGACAUUCUCCGUCUGCGUGAUCGUUUGACCAUCUCUCACGUUGAGUCGCGUCGGGACAUGGACUGGCUCACUCUUCUCGAGACCUAUGCUGCUGCUUCCAAAGACUUUGAGGGACGAGAAACUCAGCUUCACUGCAUGGUAAUGGUCGCAGCCUGUCACGUGGCUCAUGAUCAAGGCCUUACCAUAAACGAGGUUAUGGAUGCCAUGGCUAAAUGCGUUACUGGAGGCAGUGAUACUCUUAGAUCCAAGCGAUUCGCACUACCCAAGUGUGUCCAGAUUGGCGAUGAACUUGCUAAAGUACUGGGGCCACGGGCAUAUGAGCUUCCAUUGAGAGGUAGGCUGUCUUGA